CUGUUUUGUAUUAUUGCUGACAUGGAAGAAAAACUUGUGUUUUGUCACUAAUUUUGUUCACAAAAUUUUUGAGUGCAAAUGUCAAACAGAACUAAGGAACGCGUAAAAAUCGUUUAUUUAUUUCUAAAACCGAUUUAGUUAUAAAACUUUAAACAAAAACAAGCGUGUGAAGGCAAGGAAUCUAAUUAAAGAAAUUAAGCAAAAGAAAGAAACCAGAUUCGAACAUCCAUAAAUAUGUCUAGCGAAGAAAGUACAGGGCAAUCGUCAAAUAUUAGCAACAUACAAGAAAAAUUUUCUAAGCAGCAGGAGAAAAUAGCUGCGCUUAAAGAUUUAGUAAAAAAGUCAGAAGUUGCACAUGGAAAAUCAACUUCUACUGCAAAAGAAAAAGUGAAAAACAUUGCUCAACGGCUGACGGAUUUAAGAUCGAAAUCUAAAUUUCGUAAGAGUGUAGAUUCACCUUCGCAACAUGAAGCAACGAACGAACCAGUAACGACGAUUUCGAAUAUUCAUCCUGACACAUUUGCCCCCCAAGCUACUAAUUAUUCCACCCCCAAUCCCACACCUUCGAAAAUACAAGAUGUUGCAACUCCUUUGUCGUCCAAUACAUCGAUACCGAACAGUGAAAAAAUACUCUUGCUGCGUCAGCAAAUGGAACACAACAAAGCUCGAAUGGCACAGCGAGCUUCAAGUAAAUUACAUUUGGAGCAAUUAGUGACACAGUUAAAAGAAAAAUUCGAUUCGACGCAACAAAGUCUGGAAGAUACAGCGGAAUUAGGUAGAUCAAUGAAUGACUUAAGUGCUGUAAUAUAUACACCAGUCUCGCGUGAGCGGCAUAAGUCGGCUACUGAUUUAUCUUCACAACCCUUUAACUUGGAGAAGGAGCGCAUUAAAUUUUUAGAGAAUCGCUGUCGACUGCUAGAGAAACAGUUGGAAAAGGAAUCUCAAACAGCGCAAUCAGCACCGAAACGUAUUAAGGAAUUAGAAAAUAAAGUAUUGGAAUUAACAGAAACACUGAAUCAGGUACCUACAAAACAAAUUGAUAUUUUAGAGAAAGAAAUCGAAACAAUAAGUAACGAGUUGUCAGAGAAGUCCAAUGAAAUUGAGAAAUUGAAACAAUUGCAAGGCAAUGAUAAUGAAUAUUCGAAUGAAUACCGAGCUGAGAACGAUCGUUUAAAUGAUGAAAAAAUGAUGCUUGCAAAACAAGUUGCCGAAUUAGAAAAUGCAAAUCUAGAGCUUCAACAAAAGCUGUCACGCCAAAUGGCAAGGGGUGAUGAAUUAAAACAGAAAAGCAUAGAAGAAGAUUCGUUUGAAGAAAAACUAUCCCUGAUCAAACGAAUUGGUGAGUUGGAACAAAUCAAUGAUGUUUUAGAAACUACGCGAUGUGAUUUAACAAUAAAAUGUAAUGGGACGGAAGAGGCACUGCAAUCUUGUCAAAAAAAAUUAAAUGAUGCAAUUGAAGAGUCUCAUAAAUUGCAAAAAAGACUAGAGGAAAUGGAACAAAAUAUAACAGACCUAUCUACUGAUACAUUAUGUAUUAAGGAAUCAGCUACUGCUGAAACUGAUGCAAAAAUCAAAGACGAAAUGGCGCAUCAAAUUCAAGAAUUGCAAACUGAAAUAAUGAAAUAUAAGAAUGAAAAUAGGGAACUCAAGGAAACAAUAAGUAAAAAUAAUAAAAUUGAAGUUAGCGAUGGUAGUAUAGCUGAGAAAAUAUUAUCGCUGGAGGCAACAAUAGAAUCACAACGUCAAGAUUUGGCAGAUAGAUCGGAGAACUUGCGAAGAUAUGAAGAGGAGCUAAUGGAGAAAACAAUUGAACUAAAUGUACUCAAUGCCAAUUUUAAAGUUUUAGAGGAAAAGUUGCAAGCAAAUUUAAAAGCAAAACCACUUUUUUCUGCCACUGUGACAGGGGCUGACAAUACUGAGUUGCAGAAUGAAAAUCAACAACUGAAGCAAAAAUUGGAUGAGUCAAAUAAAGCAAUGAUUAAACUAAAGCUUAAACUGAAACAGACUGAAAAACAAAUGGAAAAGCUAAAGAAAGCUUCUGAUCUGCACGCCGAAGUGAUAAGGCUAGAGAAGUGCAAUGAAGAUUUACAACAAAAAAUUACAGAACUAGAAGACGAAAAAGGGCAGUGGCAAUUAUCUCAGGUUGAGGAAAAUAAAUUCAAGAAUAUUUAUAAUGAAAACAUACAAAAUGUAGAUCAAAAAAGUGUGGAAGAAAAACAAAAAAUUCUAGAAGAAACUAUAAGGAUGUUAGAGGAACAGAAGUUUGAUCUAUUUGAAAAGUGUGAAUCAUUGUCAACCGAACUUCACUUAUUGCAACAAGAGGUCAGUACCAAAAAUAGUGAGGAAUCUGCAAGAGUUAAAUCUGAAAUGUCAGAAAUUCAUAUGGAGGAACAGUUGGAGGAACAAAUUCAAUUAGUGAAAUCAUUAGAACAGAAAAUAGAUGAUAAGAAUACAGAGAUAGAUAACUUACAUAAGCAAAUAGAUAAACUUCAAGAUCUAAAACAAGAAGCAGACAAGAAAUUGGAACAUUAUAUAUCUGAAAAUAUCGAAUUACUUGAUAAAAUUGAAAAACUAAGUAAGUCGUCCUCUUCAGCUGAAUCCAUUGAAAUUGUGGAAAGAUUAACACAGCAAGAACGUGCUGAGAUCGAUGAAUAUAAUAAUCAAAUUAAUCAAGACCGUGUUGCCGAACAUGAGCGGAGUUCGGUUAAUGAGAUCACGCAAACAGAAAUGGGUCCAGAGUUAACUGAAAGUUUAAUACAGUUACGUGAAGAAAGUGCAGAGCUAAUAAAGAAAAUAGAAUUAUUUACCAAUGAACGCCGUGAAGUGCUUGAUAAAAUGGAAAUAUUAUCCUCAGAAAAUCAAGAACUUCAUAGUAAAAUUAAAGAACUUGUAAUAGAAAAAGAAUUAUUAGAAUCAAAUGCGCAACAAGCUGAACACUCAAAAUCCAAACUAGAAGUACAUCUAAAUGAGGUGACUAAAGAAAAAGAAUUGCUGGCAGCACAAAUCGCUGAGUCAAAUGCGCAAAAUCGGGAACUAACUCAAGGACUCACUUCAUUACAGAAAUCUUCGGAAGUAAUGGCUGCCAUUGAUAGUACCGAAAAUGCCACACUUUUCGAUAAAUGUGAGAAGUCGCUUUCAAAGUUAAACUCGGAAAUUGAAGCGUAUCGAAAAGCGAAUGAUAAAAAUGCAAAAUUUAAUGUUUCUAAAAAGUUAGCUAAAGAGGCAAAGAAUGCGUACACACAAUUAAGUGAACUAUUGCAGAAAGUGAAAGAAGCUAGUACAGCCGUUGAAACAGUUACUGUGGUGGAAACUGUAGUGGCAGUAACAGCACCGAACGGGAAAGCACUAGCGGAAUAUGAACAAUUGACAGCACAAAACCGUGAACUGAAAGCUACUGUUAAUGAGUUACGCGAAGAACUUCAAGAACUUAAAGACAAUGCUGAAACUGCAACAGAUAACAUACAAGCAAUAGGUGAAGAAGCAGCUAAUAAGAAUCAUAAACAGUUAUUGGAAUCUUCAGAAAAACUAGAAAAAACUGAGGCUGAACUAAUUGAAUUACAAUCAAUUGUCGAAGAUCUGCGAAUACAAUUACAAGAAGCUCGAUUGGCCAGUGAAGAAAAGACUGAAGAAGUUGCAAGAAUUAAUAUAGAACUUACGUCGUUACGGAAUCUAUCAGAAGAUUUCGAUCAACUCAUAAACAAUAAGGAAAUGACGUUCGAAAAACAAAUUGAACAACUAACUCGACUCAGAAAAGAGCUAGAGGCUAAAUGUGAAACCUACGAGGGAGAAAUGGAGAUUCUUCAAACUCUUGUUAAGGAACAAAAACAACAAAUUAUAGAAGCCUUUAAGGAAAAUGAGCAUGAAGUCAAUCUCAAACUGUUGGAAUUACAGCAGCGUGAUGAACAAAUAACCCAUCUGAAAGCUGAAAUUGCAUUAUUAAAGGAAGUGUCUAAUGAAGUCAAAGUGCAGUUUUCAGAAGAUUUAGAGAAAGAAUGCCAAAAGCUCCGUGAAUCUUUGAAAAUAAAUAAAGCUUUAGUUGCUGAACAAGUCGACGAGUUGGCAAACAAGCAGGAAACAAUUGAUA